AUGGAGAAACACAAAAUCAAACAGUCCCGGAAGGGAUGCAUGAUGGGCAUAUUCCUGACCCUGGCAGUUCUGUGCAGUUGGGUUUUGGUGCGUGAGCUGCCGAAAGUUGCGCGCUCGCCUUGCAAGGUAUUCCGCAGUAAGAAGCUUUUUCAUGAUGCUCGAAUAGAACGCCGCAGGAGAACCUCGGAAACUCUGUAUGAACUUCUCAGCGACUCUCGAGACACUUACUACGACGAGGAAGCCUGGGUAGUAGGAACUAGUUUCUUCUCCGAAAACACAUAUUCUCGACAACCAUAUGUGGCCAAUGGAUACCUCGGAAGCCGCAUUCCAAACGUUGGCUUCGGAUAUGCUCUUGACACUUACAAUAUAUGGACCCCUGACGCAUCGAUUCCAGGUUCCUUGGAUAAUGGCUGGCCGCUGAGAAAUCGCCGUUUUGCUGGGGCUUUCGUUUCCGAUUUCUACGGUCUGGAACCAAAAUUCAACUCUACCAAUUUCCCAGAGCUGGAUGAAAAAGGCUACAAUAGCGUGCUUUGCGCAAUUCCGCAGUGGACUGACAUAAAAUUCUCCAUUAAAAACGACACCUUUCAAUUCAACGCACAAAGUGUCAAUCCUAGCCAAAUUUCCAAUUAUCAACAAAACUUGUCUCUUCUCACUGGCACAGUCACAACAGAAAUGGAUUGGCUAGAUGUCUUACACAUCAAGUCUAGCGUAUUUGCACACAGAAUACGACAUCCAUUAGGAACUGUUCAAUUGGAAAUUUCUUUGAUCCCGAACAAUCCCGAACAAUUGGAGGUGAUUGAUUUGCAACUCUCAGACGUGUUGAAUCAUUCAACUUCCAGAAGAACAUUUUUGCGGGAUAUAGGAUACGAUUCAGGGGGUAUUUACAUGGAAGUCGAACCGAAUAAUGUUCCCUACUCGUCGGCGGCUUUAUACUCGUCCUUAAAAAUUUCUUCCGCCGAGACCAACAUUGACGGGGUAGUUUUCCAAUUAAAUGAUGGCGGCACUUCUGUUACAUGCAAACACUUACUACAACUCACAUCUGAUAACUCUACCGUCACGAUAAAUAAGUUUGUGGGUAUCGUUUCCUCGGAGUACGACCGAUAUAAUAAGGCUAUGUCAAACUUGGAUGCCGCAAAAGAUGUUGUACGGUACACUCAAACUGAAAGUUAUGAGUCUUUAGCUGAAGGGCACCAACAGGAAUGGAUCAAACUCUAUGACAAUGCGUCCAUUGAAAUCCCAUCCGAUAGCUUGCUCGAGUUAGCUGCUCGGUCAUCACUUUUUCAUCUUUUGGCGAAUACUAGAAGGUUCAAUGUAUCUCAAGAAAGAGGCUUACCUGUACCUGCAUCAGGUUUGAGUUCAGAUUCUUACGCGGGCUUGGUUUUUUGGGAUGCAGACCUGUGGAUUAUGCCUUCUCUUCUUCCAUUCUUCCCUGAUAUCUCAAAGCAUAUGGUCACUUACCGUCAAAGUACCCACAAUCAAGCCAAAAUUAACGCACAAGAAAACGGCUACCCUGGGGCCUUAUACCCUUGGACUUCAGGAAGGUUUGCUAACUGUACUUCAACGGGUCCGUGUGUUGACUACGAGUAUCACAUUAACAUAGAUGUUGCAAUGGCUUCAUUCCUCGUUUACCUCAACGGUGCCGACGGAAUUGAUGACAAUUAUCUUCGAGGUACGACAUGGCCUUUGGUUAGAGAUGCAGCACUCUUUUUUAGCUCCUACGUUGACUAUAAUCCCGCUUUAGAUGCGUAUGAGACCCACAACAUGACAGAUCCGGAUGAAUAUGCAAACUUCAUUAGCAACGGGGCCUUUACAAAUGCCGGUAUCAGAACCCUUUUGAAAUGGGCGACUGAUAUCGGACAUCAUCUAAAUGAAAGCGUAGACCCUAAAUGGGCUGACGUGUCGAAGAAGAUCGUAAUUCCUAUUUCAGAUACUAACAUCACCUUGGAGUACUCCGGCAUGAACGCAUCUGUUGAAAUCAAACAAGCUGAUGUAAUGCUAAUGACCUACCCGCUUGGUUACAUCACGGAUGAGACUAUUUUAGAUAACGCAAUCAGGAACUUAUACUACUACUCUGAACGACAAUCAGCCUCUGGACCAGCUAUGACAUAUCCAGUUUUUGUAGCAGCCGCUGCAGGUUUGUUGAAUCACGGGUGCUCCUCACAAAGCUACCUUUACAAAUCAGUUCUGCCAUACCUUAGAGCACCAUUUGUUCAGUUCAGUGAGCAAUCGGAUGAUAAUUUUCUCACCAAUGGUCUAACUCAACCCGCGUUUCCUUUUUUGACUGGAAAUGGUGGAUAUUUACAGAGUUUACUGUUUGGUUUGACUGGGCUGCGGUACUCUUACGAGUCCAAUAAAACUACUGGACAGAUUACCAGGCUUUUGAAGUUCAACCCAAUCAAGUUACCUCUACUAGCAGGAGGCAUUACUAUAAGGAAUUUCAAAUACAUGGGCCAAGUUCUAGAUGUUGAAAUAGGCGAUGAAAACGCGACGCUUGUGCAUAAAGCUGGCGACCAGCCAAUCAGGCUGAAGCUUCUCAAUCGCAACGUUAUUCACGAUCGAGAGCUUGGCAGGUUUGACUCAUCGCAUGUUCACGAGCUCAAACAGCUGCCCGUGAGGCAUGCUAUUUUGGAACCUGGACGCAAUCUAACUGUGAAGCUGUUCCGACCACUGCUGAAUAUCGACAAUAAUCUUGCGGAGGGAAAACAAGUGACAAAUUUUACAACGGGAGUGCCUGGCGAUGUGAUUUACUCGGUCACGGAUGGCAAUAACUAUACACAUUGGCAACCUCUCCACAAAUGCGACUGCGCAAAGAUCUUGAUUGACUUGGGAGCUGACAAUGAGCAAACUUUGACCGGAGGAAUGAUUAUGUGGGGCAAACGGCCAGCUCAAAAUAUUUCCGUGUCCAUGUUCCCGUUCCAUGGUAGUAUAGAAGAAGCACUUUUCAACGCUUCUGCAAUAAUUGAAAUGUCGGGCCCUGAGACUGAAACGGAGAUUAUGGGUUUCAAGGGGGCGGCGUCAGAUGUGAAAUUGAAGCUGAAGGAGACUAAAGAGAAUUGUUUCGAGGAAGAUUACCAAUACUUGAUGCAAUCACAGCGGUUGGACAUUGGCCAGCUAUCCAAAAUUUCGCCGGAAUCUUCGUUACUGAAGAGCAAGUUCGUAACAAUCCUGAGAGAUCAGAAGGUUUCGCCGUCAGUGCCCUACAUCGAGAAUGACGAGAACAAAGACCGCAUUAUGAUCCCCCAAAGCAAUACCACUCAAUUCACAUUUGACUACAGCUAUUAUAGCAAUCACUCAUGUGCUGCUGACUGGCCGCCUCCAAGAUUUGUGCUUGUUCACGUCCAGGGCACAUAUGACAACGACGACGAUCCUCGUGGUGCUACUAUCAAGGAAAUUGCACUUAUGUGA